CUGCAGCCGCACCCCUGAUCUCUCCAAGUCCUUUAGCUUGAAGGCAAUCCCAACUCCCAAAGCUUUGAUUUCUUCUAAUCUUGGCUUUGAUAUUCCUUCCUGUAUUCCUUCCGACGUUGUUCACUGCCACUGCUGUUCUGCCGAGGAGCAAUCCACCAGCUGCUUGUCUAUCCAGCAUAAAUUUCCCUUCAUUUGGGAGGUGAGUGCGUUCGCUGCUCUUUGGCUUAUCCUGACCUUUAGGAAACUGUGAGUGUCGCUGAUUCAACCAUGUUUACGACAAGAUUUUUUGGGAGAACUCUCUUUGCUGCAGUUAAAUCUGAAACUUCUGCAGCGGCGGCAGCAGCUACUGGGUAUGCUCGUAACCCUCUUGAGGAGUUCUUCGAGGCAGAUAGGAGCCAGGAUCAGGAUAAACCUGUUGGCUAUGGUCGAAGUUGGAAAGCUUCUGAACUGCGCCUGAAGUCUUGGGAUGAUCUUCAUAAGCUGUGGUAUGUUUUAUUAAAGGAGAAAAACAUGCUGAUGACUCAACGCCAGAUGCUUCAUUCCCAGAACCUAAAAUUCCCAAAUCCAGAACGUUUGCCCAAGGUGAGGAAGUCAAUGUGUCGAAUCAAGCAAGUACUUACUGAGAGAGCGAUUGAGGAGCCAGAUGCCAGGAGGUCUGCUGAGAUGAGGAGGAUGAUAAAUGGGCUGUGAUGACCUCCAAAUUGCCGUAUGUAUCUGAAGGCGCUUUAUUAUGUUGGCAUGUGGAAAAUUGAGGUCUUCUCAUGGUGGUUAGAACAUGGCUAUUCAUUUUAUUUUUCAUCAUAACCAUUGAACAUGAAAUGGAUGGUCGUAGUUUUAAAAGAUUCAAAAUUUAGGAAAAUGAUGACAUCUAUGUGAAUCCGACUGCCUGAAUGAACAAACAUGAGCCAUCAUAUUUAAACCAAUUUGUGUA